AUGGACGACGAUGCAGCACUUCAAGACGCACACAGGGCUGCAACGCUCCCAAUAGACCCAACAAGCGCGCCGACAGAGCCUUCUCUCAAUAAGGAACCGCAACUAAAUGGUAUAUCAGCAGAAGAAGCAACGAAACAAGUGCAUUAUGCUAUUCGAGCGUUGCUUUCAGACGAGUUUCCAGACAUUGCAAAGAAGGGACCUCGGAGGAGCAGCGCUACUGGACAGUACCUCCAGUUGACAGCUAGAACUAUGAAGAAUUAUUUCAAGGCGACUUGGAAGACGUGGUGGGGGGUCGUCUAUUCCUUUGGCAAGAUGCUGGUCGGUGGGGUUUCACCCAUCGACUUUCUAAUGUCCCUCGUAUUCUCGACAUGCAUCACCAUCAUCCUCACGGCUGGAGUCAUUAUCUGCAUCAUAGCAAAGAUUCCUUUCGAACAUGAUGGCGUCAGCUUUAUCAAUAUUGUGAACAGCGGCAUGUUCAAAAACUUUAGUGAGGAAGAACUAGGGUUGGCCAAGGACGCCAUGUCCAGCACCAAGCCGCAGCAGGACCAUGUCAUGGAUAUUGACGUUGCCAAGAUGAUGCUUCUGUUUACCGGACUCGUUUACGAGCGUUCCACCGAGGCGAAGCAGGAAGCCAUCCGCCAGUGUAGCUCCCUUGAUUGGGGCCAUAUCAUCCCAGAAGAAGUCCGCUUAGCGCUCCGACCCAACCACGAACGUGAAUUCUAUCGCCGACAUUUGCGAACUCGAAGUUCCACCAUGACCUCUCAGUCAUCCAGAGCAUCCACGCUCAGCACCGUCCCACCUCAGCGACUGGCAGGAGACGAAGAAUCGGCAACGCAAAUUGUGGCUUCACCCACGCGCAUAGAAGCCGCUCCGGAGGCACCCCUUCAACCCAACCAAAGUAUACUAACGCAAGGACACCCACGCUACGGGACGUUCCCUCCAGCCUUUGCAGACUGGCAGCGGCAUGCGGCCCACACAACAAAAACCCUAUCAAGCACGCUCUCUACCGCAAGCACCAACGCAAAUGGAUCAACAGGGGAGACAGAGGUAGCGGCUACAAAAGACGGUGGUGUGAUUUACGAUGCAAUGCAAAAAUGGGGGUUUGAAUAUGAGCCACUGAGCGAGCUUGAUAGUGCGAGCUCGGCUUAUUGCGCUGCCUUUUGGGACAAGAUGAGCAAUUGGGUAGUCGUGGCAUUCAAGGGGACUUCACCACCAGAGUUCGAUGGCCAGUUAUCCGUCUCUUCUCGCGAUUCUGCUGACGCCUUGAUAGAGUGGCUGGUAGACUUUGAUUAUACGCGUGUUCCUAUUGGAGAAUACAUUCCCGGUUAUGGAACUGCUCAUCAUGGGUUCAAAAACCGACUGUUUCCGGAUGAGCCGACACUCAACCGCACUCCAUAUGAAACGAUCAUGGCUGGUAUUAAAGUUAUUACGGACGACCUGCUCCUGCGCAAUGGGGCCGAGAUUGCGAAUGUAUACUUCACCGGCCAUUCUCUGGGCAGUGGAAUCGCCAGUCUGGCAUACGCCCGCGCCAUGAUGUAUAUCGACGGUCUGGACAGUCGAGUGAGGAUUUGCGAUGCCUAUCUCUUCAGCUCACCUAUCGCGUGCGAUAUGCCGUCUGCCAAGCUCUUCAACAACAGUCUUCUCAAGGGUGCUUGUCCUCCUCGCACGCCAUGGCGCAUUGUCAAUCACCACGAUGCGGUGGCGACGCUCUUCCCAGCGUUUGGUGACGAUCCAAACUACGCGUACCCAGACUCGCUGUUCGCAUUUGCGCAUAUGGGAACAGAAGUCAAGAUGCGCCGAAAUGGCAAGCCAAGCAUUGCGGCGAACAACUAUGCACCGGCUGGUACCGUCGCUACAGCCGUCACAGGAAUUCCGCCGAAUAGAGCCGGGAAGGUUCCUGAGGGCAUGCAAGUUCCAAAGUGGAUGAUUUUUGUGCAAUACAUACCGCUUGCUGGAUGGAUGUUCAGUCACUUUCCAGGACUAUAUAUGGAAUCGAUACAAGCAAUGUCUCCGGGAACAAUGACCUGGAAAUGGAAGGGCGCGAAUGACUAG